AUGAAGUAUAUACAAAGAUUAGGAACACAGAAAUAAAAUUUCUAAGUGCAGGUUAGACUGGUAGCACUUACUUGUGAUUUAAAAGAACCAGGUUGGUUCACAAUAUAAUGGAAAAGAGGACCUUCAAAGGAGGAGACUGAUAAAUUUGAAUAUCUCCCUGCUGUUGGAAGUGCUUCAAUCAAUUAAAUGUUUGUGAGAUAUUCCUAAAUAUACAAGGAAUAAAAGAGUGCAAAGUACUUAAAGAAAACAUGUCAAUUCAGACUUAGAAAAUGGGAUGGUGCAACUGCAAGACAGAUUUGUGAAAUUGAGGUAGAUAUGGCACCUUUCAUAGGAAAAGGAGAGACAAGGCAAAAGAUUCAUUUUGCCAAGUGUGAAGUUCCAAACUGUUUCUUGGAACUUGAGUUCAAGCUAACAGAGUCAGAAGGAGCAGGAGAGGAAAGCGGGGAUGAAGAUUCAAAAGAACCUUCUCAAACAUUCCAUUAACCAGCAGAUAGUAGAAGAUAUGAUGAUGAGAUUCAGCAGCUUAAAGAUCAGCUCGCAAAAGCCAAGCAAGAGACAGCUGACGUUGUUUUGAGAAAGCAGCAAGUUGAAGAUGAGCUAAAUUAGAGAUAAAAUACCAUAAAACUUCUUAGAUCAGAUAUUGAGCAAGCUUCAAAGAACUUACAAUAGUUAUCAGAAAAUAACUCUGAUGAAUCAGUUGCAAUAAUUUCGUAAUUGACAUCAGAAAAGAACAAUUUGUAAGAUCAGUUAGAUGCUUUAAAUUAGCAGAUCACAGAACUGAAUCAUUAAGUAUCACAUCAGAGGCAUGAAUAUGAAUCGAAAACAAUCAAUGAGUAAAACAAAGAAUUGUAAGCCUUAAAACAUCAAUUGGAUGAUUCUCAUUAAAGAGAAGAGACUUUAAAAUCUCAACUCUAAGGAGAUAGCUAAUAGAUUUAAAAAGAUCAUGAAGCUAGAAUCGAAGAAAUCAAAGAUAAUCACUUGCUAGAGUUACAUGAAUACAGAAAGAAAUUUGAAGAUCAAUAGGUUUAAUACUAAGAAUAAAUUCAAUAGCUACAAUAAUAAGCACAAGAGAAAGACGCUGAAAUCGAAAGUAUAAGAAACUAGCAUGAUAGCACUAUCUCUUAAUUUAAAGAUGAGAUUCAUGUUUUGAGAAACACUCUAGAAUAGUAAAACAACCUUUUAAGAUAAGAGGUAGCUUCUCUUUAAUAAUCUCAAAGCGGCCAAGUAACUAAGCUAGAACAAGAAAAAUAAGAGUUAAUCUCUCAACAUGAGAAUGAUAAACAAGAAUUCGAAUAAAUUCAACAGUCUCUUGAAAUUGAGGUAGAAAAUUUCAAGCAGCAAGCAGCUUAAAUGAGCUAACUCAAUGAGCAAAUAGCUACUUAGCAGCAAGAAAUUUCUUCAUUAAAUAAUCAGAUCCAAUCUCUAACUUAAUAAGUUGCAGAUUUGAAUACUCAAGCACUAACUGAAAAUUAAGAAAAAGCUGCUUUGAAUGAUCAAAUUUCUUCACUCAAUUCUUAGUUGGAGGCUCUAAAUGAUCAAAUAUCACAACUAACCUAAGAAAGUCAAAUCAAAUAAUCAUAAAACGCAGAUCUAGAAGACAAACUUAGAUAAUUAUCAGAAGAAUUAAAUCAAAUAAGACAGCAUCUUCAUCAUUCACAAGAUGAAACAAGAGCAGCUGAAAAAGCAGGUGAAAAUCUUAAAUCACAUUAUGAAAGCGAAAUCAAAUCACUAAACAGUAAAAUCAAAGACUUAGAAGAGAGAGUUUCUUCUUCUGGUGGUGGUGCUGCAGCUGAAGAUGAUUUCGAUAGGUAUGCUUUUUGA